AUGGUUGAAGGCGGCCAAACCUUCGCUGUCCUUGAAAACAGCCGGAGGCUAAAACGGAAACCGGAAGUUCGGUCUGCCCGCGUCCUUCUCUGUAGCUUUCGAUGGCGGCUUCCUCGCCGCUUUGAGUGUGCGCAUGCGCCUACGGGGAGGCGCGUGAGCUCGAGGAGAGGGGUAUUCAGCGCCCCCUCCAGAAAGCCUUGAGCCGGCAUGGAGGGUCCUGGGGGGGCUGCGGGGGUGGCACCCAUCAGAGCCCAGUACCUCACCACAAAAGAAGAGUUUCAUUCUUACCUUGAGCAAGAAGGGGAUCCAAGAAAUAAUAAAGGUGACAUUGAUGGUGGUGGUGAUGGUGAAGGAAAGAAGGAUGUCAGGGGUGACCUUACGGAGCCUCCUUCCAAGCUGCAGAAGCUGGAAGAAGAUGGAAAGGACAGAAGUCUGCCGGAAGAGGCAGUCGAAGUCCUGAAGAAAUCUGGGCAGAAGAGGGCCCGAGGACAGAAUAAGAAUCGGCCAUGCAUGAACCCCAUGCGUUAUGAGAAGCAUCGCCUGUGUCCGUCGGUAAUCCAGGAACGUGUGGAGAAAUGCUUCUUCGGGUCUCAGUGCCAUUUCCUGCACGACGUCAAGGAGUACAUGGCCACGAAGCUACCAGACCUGGGAGACAGCUGUGUGCUCUUCAAGAACUUUGGCAAAUGCAUGUAUGGGGUUACCUGCCGGUUCUCCGGGACCCACCUCGGAGAAGAUUACAGGAACGUUGUCGAUGCGGAUCUUUUAAAGCAGUGGGAGGGGAAGCUGGUAGUGAAAAACAGCCUCAGCAAAGAACUCCAGCAGCGGCUGCGCAAGAAGAAAGUGCCCUUUGAGAAAUCUAACCAAUACCUUAGCCACUUGGGCAAACCCAGCUGUGCAGCAAUAGGGGAAAAGGAGGUGACAAAUUGUUCCCUUUCCAAAGGGAGUGCAGAAGUUCUCGAAGAGGAGGGAUUGAAGGUUGAUGGCGGGCUGGAGAGAGAAGGGUCUGCCUUGGAGGGUCCCCGCCCACCAGCGGACUGUGCUCUCAAAACAUCUGGCACCAUCACAGACGAAGAUGUAGUAAAGCUGAGACCUUGCGAGAAGAAAAAGUUGGAUCUUCAGGGCAAGCUCUACCUGGCUCCUCUAACAACAUGUGGCAAUCUCCCAUUCCGGAGGAUAUGCAAGCGCUUUGGAGCCGACGUCUCCUGCGGAGAGAUGGCUGUGUGCACCAAUUUGCUUCAGGGGCAGUCGUCAGAGUGGGCGUUGCUGAAGCGGCACUACACGGAGGACCUCUUUGGCGUGCAGCUGGAAGGAGCCUUCCCAGACACCAUGACAAAAUGCGCGGAGCUCCUGAACCAGACCAUCGAAGUGGAUUUUGUGGACAUCAACGUCGGCUGUCCGAUCGACCUGGUGUAUAAGAAGGGGGGAGGCUGUGCCUUAAUGAGCCGCACCAACAAGUUUGAACAGAUUGUCCGAGGCAUGAACACGGUCUUGGAUGUCCCCCUGACUGUGAAGAUCCGGACCGGAGUCCAAGAGAGAGUCAACCUGGCCCACAAGCUCAUCCCCAACCUCCGGGAGUGGGGGGCCUCCUUGGUCACGCUCCACGGCCGAUCGAGGGAGCAGCGCUACACAAAGGGGGCGGACUGGGAUUACAUUGCGGAGUGUGCCAAGCUUGCCAGCCCGAUGCCUCUUUUUGGGAACGGAGACAUCUUGUCUUACGAAGAUGCGAAUCGAGCUGUGCAGACUGGAGUCUCGGGGAUCAUGAUUGCGAGAGGGGCGCUGAUCAAGCCGUGGAUCUUCACGGAAAUCAAGGAGCAGAGGCAUUGGGACAUUUCCUCCAGCGAACGGCUGGACCUCCUCAAGGACUUCACUAGCUACGGCCUGGAGCACUGGGGGUCAGACACGCAGGGCGUGGAGAAGACCCGGAAGUUCCUGCUUGAAUGGCUUUCAUUCCUGUGCAGGUACAUCCCGGCCGGCCUCCUAGAACGCCUGCCGCAGCGAAUCAACGAGAGGCCUCCGUACUACGUGGGUCGAGACUACUUGGAGACCCUCAUGGCGAGCCAGAACGUGGGUGACUGGAUUAAGAUCAGUGAGAUGCUUCUGGGUCCCAUUCCUGCCAACUUCACUUUCCUGCCAAAACACAAGGCAAAUUCUUACAAAUAGGCCCGAGGGCGA